ACUUUUUUCUCCAUUUAAAUCACUGCAGAGAAGUUGAGGAAAGGUGCUCCACCGAUCUGCAAUGCUCCACCGAUCUGCAAUGCUCCACCGAGCUAUAACAAUGAUGAAACUGAAACUGUAUCUGCGCAUGCUCUAUCGGCACCAACGCAAGCGCAAGCGUAAUCAGUUGAAGGAGUCGAGUAACAGACGGGUGAAACCGGAUACUGCUCCGCUUACUGCUCCGCCGCCGCACCGGAGAUACAUCUUCUUUCAGGCGGAAUCGGAGAUGGGGGAGAUUUACGAGGACGAACCUCAUGUGGUUCAGUUGUACUAUGCUGUUAAAGUUGUUGGGCCUAGCUACUACGAGAGCAGAAAUGAUCUGGGUGAGGAGCUUCCGGAAAUCAGACCCAUCUUUAUUACCGAGUGUGAGUAUAGUUGUUGCUUUGGGUUUGGGUCUGCUAUAUACACGCUGGGGAAUUGUUGUUGCCCGCAACACAUGGACGACAGCGAUUCCUGCAGAGAGAGGACCUUCCAGUGUUUCAGCUUCGCGGGGGAUAAUGCUCAAGAAAGGUCCUGGAUCGCUCUCCCGAGGCCUUCUGGCCUUCGGUUCGCUUGCGCCGCGGCUUCUCUGAACGGGAGGUUGUAUCUAUUUGGAACGAGAAAUACUCAGUUUGGUUUUGUGGAUGUGGAUAGUGAUAAUGAUUAUGGUGACGAAGAGGAUGAGGAUGAGUAUGAGGAUGAGGAUGAGGAUGAGGAUGCCCGUAAUCCCCAAGAGCCAUGGCUCAAGAUAUUCGAUCCAGUUGCGGGAAGGUGGGCGGCUCCUUCGGUUCAGCCACCGUUAUUCCCAGAUUCAGUGAGCAUGGAAAGCCCCAUGUAUGCCGUGGGAUGGCCUCCUAACAGGAUACUUCUCAGCUCGCUCAGUACUGAUCACUUUCCUUGUAAGUUUGGUUACAACGUCAUAGGCAACCGAUGGGAGCAUGUCUAUUUGGAGAGUGAAGACGUAAGCGCAUCUGUGCCGGAUGAGGCAUUACUGGUGAAUGAUGGUACUUUCUACUAUGUCGACGGCGAACUUGGGGAAUUGUGUGCUUAUGAAAUUGGUUCAGGCGCCUCUUUCGCUGCGCCAUUGGAAGAUACUCUGGCGGCGAAAGCUGAAGAAGGCCUGCUGGAUCUCUUGCACAUUGACGGUGAUAGAUUCUGUUUCAUCUGGGACGAAGAACAUAACACGGUCCACAAACUUCUUCACUGCAUGAAAUUCACAGUCUCGAAGGUUGUGGACACUUCCGCGCGAGAAGCUCUCGGGGUGAAUGGCUCACUCGAGAUCACAACAGAAGCUCUCGGGGUGAAUGGCUCACUCGAGAUCACAACAGAAGCUCUCGGGGUGAAUGACUCACUCGAGAUCACAACAGAAGCUCUCGAGGGUUCACUCGAGAUCACAGUAUUCUCCCAUAAAUCCUUUCUUGUGGACAAUUUCAUUUCACGGGGAAGAGCGAAUUGGUUGGAAGGAGAUUGGGAGAGGAUAAAUCAAGUACCAUUUGAUUCCCCGAUGCGGGAGAUGAUAAGAAUUGGUGAACCUGAAAGCACUGAAACAAUUGCAAGUAUGGUGGAUGAAAUAAGAAGGAAAAUGAGACAACGGGGAUAGCUGGAUUUAUGGGCCGGUGCCUUUGACAUUUUGUUGGUUGAUGUGGCUGGACUUGGAGUCAGAAUUAUGAGUGGUGGAGUGGAGUAUUAAUUAGCUAUACGUAGUAGUACUAGUAGUAGUAAUUAGUGAUGGAUGUAGCACGAGCAGCAGCAGCACCAUAUAUAGCCGGCUCUAAGGCAGUUUGGACUGCCUACAUUCUUUCCAUUUUGGCUUUUACUAAACUCAUCUCUAUGCUACUACACACUAAUUCUCCGAAGUUUGGAUUUUC